AUGGCUGCCGCAGCUGAUGUCCGUGAUAUGCUGGAUUUGCCCGCCGAGGGCCAGCCCCGACCGCAUAAAAAGCAGAAAGUCGUGGAGAAGCGACCAGAGGGUAUUACCCGUGAACUCUACGCGCUUCUAGGUGAGCGAGCGCCGCCGAUCGCUUUGAACGAGAACAAGUACAAGGGGCGCCCAAGGUGGAUGAACAAGUUACGCGUGCGACCAUGGCGCAUGACCCCCUUCACCAAUAACGCUCGAGACGAUGGCCUAGUGCUCUACCACUGGCAGCGCAAGCAUGAAUCAACCCGUCCUCCAAUUUCGGAUGGGGCUCAGAUGGACACAAACGAAUCUAGUGCAGAAAACAGAGACGACUCAGUCAAGCCGCUGGAUCAAGUGUACCCGUUCGCAAAGUACAACAUCCAGAUCCGGAUGCCCAAGCGAUAUACAGAUGACGAGUACACCAAACUUCUCCAAAGCAAAGACUGGUCCCGGGAAGAAACCGAUUAUCUCGUGGAUUUGGUACAAGAGUACAACCUGCGGUGGAUGAUAAUAGCAGACCGAUACGAAUACCAGCCACGGGUGAAUUCAGACGCAGGCGCAGACGCCGGUGCCAACGCGUUGGUCCCCGCCACGCACUACCGGACGAUGGAGCAAAUGAAGGCUCGAUAUUACUUCGUCGCGGCGAAGAUGCUCGAAAUUGAACACCCACCCGCCGAGAUGUCGGAAGCCGAAUUCGAGCUACACGAGCGGAUGCUCAAGUUCGAUCCAGACCGCGAGCGCGACCGCAAGGAACUCGCCGCCCUCCAGCUUAACCGCACUGCCGAUGAAGUCCGUGAGGAGGCCUUGCUUCUGGAAGAACUCAAGCGGAUCACCAGCAACGAGCAGAACUUCAUAACUGAACGCCGCGAGCUGUACGCCCGCCUCGAGGUGCCUAUCAGCGUCGGCAACACUACCAUGUACCAGUCCAGUCAAGGCCUUUCACAGCUCCUGCAGACCCUCCUGCAGGCCGACAAGAGCAAGAAGCGCCGCUCAAUACUCGGACCCGAAGGCUCGGUUGCUAGUCCCGCCGGCCAGACCCCUAGCCAAGCCACAGCAGCCGAGACUCCGACCGCCAGUUCCGCUGCUGCAAAUAAGAAGGGCGGUAUCGCCGCGCAGGCUCAGCCGCAAGUCCGUACCCUGACGCCAGCCGAAGAAGCCCGUUAUGGCGUCCAGCAUCACGAACGUGUAUCAGCUGGCGUGCAAUUCCGGAGUGACCGUGCCCAGAAGCUGACGCAGGCGAAGUCGAAUGUGCAAACUCUCAAGCUGGCUGGCGCAUUGGCCGAGCUGGAAAUUCCUGUCCGCCUCUUCAUGCCCACUGAACGGGUAUGCAAGGAGUUCGAGAGGCUCAUCCAAUCGGUCAAUCUGCUUCUGGAUGCUCGCAAGGUUGCCGAGAAGGUUGAGAGCGAAAUUCGUAUCUUGGAAGCUGCCAGGGCUGAUCGGGAGAAGAAGGCUGCCCCUGAUGCUCCGCACCCGGAAGUGAAGACAGAAGCAGAGGAGGGGGCGUCGGGUGUAUUCGAUUCCACGGCUGCUGAAUCUGGAGGUGCGGAUAAUUCGAACAAAAAGGACGAUGGUGGUGACAACGCAGCGCAGGACGGAGAGGGGAACCACAAGCGCUCUGCUAGUGUUUUGAGUGGUGCUAGUGACAAAACCUCCAAACGCCAGCGGAGAUAG